CCCACUAGUCCCUCUCUCUCUCUCCCCUCCAUUUACUACUUCUCGUCCGUGUGUGCGCCGUGUGCGUGUUUUUCUUUCUUUUCUCUUUUUCCUCAAGUCUUCUUACCGUCCUGUCCGAAGGAAACUUGUCCGACGUUGAUCAACAUCAAAUGGUGGAUCUCCAGACUGUGUGCUGUAUGUGCGGCGACGUCGGCUUCCCCGACAAGCUUUUCCGCUGCUUCAAACUAAUAGCAAUUAUAAUACUAAUAUUUUAUUAUUAUUAUUACUUUCUUCGUCAACUCUUCUGUUUUUUUUUAAUUAAUGUUUUUGGGGACGGUUCUGGAACAUUCGAAUAUAAAUACAUGGAGGUGGUGAUCAGGUACUGCAGCAACUACUAUAGAGAAAACGCGGAGCCAAUAGGCGUGUGCGACUGGUGCCAGUGCGAGGAAAGGAGUUCGUCAUCGUUGAUCAGAGCGCAAGGGAGCUCCUCCUCCUCUUCCUGCACCAGGAAUAUUAAUGUUAAAUCCGGCAAACGGAGCGGAGUAAGAUCCGCCUACUCCGGCAUGAAAAUCAAGCAGCACCACGGCGGAGCUACGGCGGAGAAAGCCACCGGAAAGACGCCCUCGCCGCGGCCCACCACCCGCAGGUACAAGCUUCUCAAGGAUGUAAUGUGUUGAUUGAGAUUUUCGAAGGUUUAUGAUUUUGUACGUAUAAUAUUAUAGUAAUUUCGACAUUGAAAUUUUUAUUUUAAAUCUUGUUGUAUC